AUGUCCCUGUUGAACUUCUGGGACACGCAGCGUCCCGCGAAAAGACGGCGGAUCUCCCAGGAGAGCGCAGAGACCAACCCGCCUAGCCCGAGUCCGUCGGCAGAAGUGAAGAUGGAGGAUACAGAGGAUGCAGAGCACAUACCGAACAGCCAGACGAAUUUUGAGACCUCGCUCCCGGCAAUUAAAACGGAGGACGCAAUCGAGGAGUACGAGGCCUCGAAGGAUGUCGACACGGGACUGCACAUGAGGCUGCGCGAUGGAGUUUGGCAGAAAGGCAAAAGCUCCAUCUACGUUGAUGCGUUCAAUCUAGCACUGGAAACUGUGCUAGUUGAAGAAUCGCAUCUGUUCAGCGAGGCGGAAUUGGAGAUCUUCACGCAGUGGCAGGAACUGUCCUACGAGUCUCAAUAUCUCUAUGUCCGUCUCUUCCUCCGCAAAACCUCUGCAUGGCAUCGUAUCAACAAACUGAACUAUUACUCCGAUAUAUCAGAUCUGACCUCAGUGGCCGAAGACCUACAACGGGACCGAAGCCUACCAGAUUCCGAACUCGGAUCUACAUUCAGAUUCGCCGAGGGAAUAGAAGAGAUCACCACGCUGGAAGAGGCAUCAUCACUUCUCCUCUUGGACGAAUUGAAGAUCUUUGCCAAAGAAGCCAAAGUACAAGGCAAAAGCAAAAAAGAGCUAUUGGCAGCGCUCUGUGAAACGAGCCAGAACCAAACAGGUCUCCGAGACACGGGUAAUAGAGAUACACAUUUCACUCAGAAGAUCCUGGAUUAUACAGGCGGGUGCAUCAGAUUGGUAUCUGUGCCUCGCGCUCUCUUCGAGCGAGUACACUUGGUCUUCUAUCGCUCCACGGAAUGGACCGAAAAGUCUCUGACGACCAUCAUUCUGGCCAAGAUGUCUAAAAGAGCAUUCCCCGAGUACAUUGUCUGCCGCUCGAAUUCCAUCUUCUCAUCUAGAGAAGCACUUUUGGAAUUCGAAUCUGCCAUCCAGACCCAAUUUGCCGUUGACAAUAUCCUCGAAUUCAACGGCCCACCCAGUACCGAAUCACUACAACAAAUUAUCGACCUGGCGAAUAAGUUCCACCCCAGAUGGACUGAACUUGUCAAGCAAGAACAACAAAAAGAAGACAGUAUCUACGAAAGCGGCGAAGGCGCUUAUCUCCGUCGCUUUUCACCCGCCUGGGUCUUAACUCGAAUCAUCCAUAAAAGCCUCCAUCCACUAGGUCGGUUCAAGGAGCAUAAACGCGAACACGAAGUACUGGAAGAACUUCUCUCCCAGCGUCUAUUCCACGCCGCACGUCGUGGAGCGUGGUAUCAGCGUAAAGCAUUACUGGAAGAGCAUUAUAUGUGGGCUCUGACAGCAACAGAGAACCGCAGCGAGGAAGCACAGCGCAAACACUGGAAGAGGGUUGCGCUGCGGACUUGUGAAACAGGGCUGGAAGAUCCGCUUUGUCACUUGAUUUUCCAUUAUGAUUUACAGAAGCGGAUUACCAAGUUGGAAAAGGCACUGCGGGUCGUCAAGCGCGAGCAGCAUGAUUUCGGACAUGUCAUGCUGGGGAGACCGGCUGAGAGGACGAUUGAGGGGAUCCGUGUCGAUACGGAUGAAGUAUCGAAGGUAGUUUCGCGGAAAGGGAAACCGACUAUUUGGAUUGAUGGGCGGGAAGGAGGUGAGUGUCGAGUGGAAAGUAUGUGUUUAAGCUGGUACCGUGAUCAUGGCUGGAAGGGAUAUCAUUGUGAGGGUGGCAUUGUUCGGACAUUGUUCGGCUACCUUUUCUACGAUAUUCUUUUCACAUAUGUGCCCAAUGUCUUCCAGACGGCAUUCCAAACAUGUCCCCUUGAUCUCCACACGGAUGUAUUCUACCCAUCUCGUGCAUCAGAGAUCAAUCACCGCCUGGUUGAAAUCACGAAUGGCGGAGCCGAGCACAUCGUCCGGGGGAUUCACGAUCUCCACUCCGAAACCCAGCCUUGCGUGGUCGGGCUUGACUGGUCAUUUGAUAUAGACGACUUGAUUGAGAUUGUGCAGUGUUUCCGUGGUGAAGCGCUUGCCACGAUCUGUAAGGUCAUGGCGCAGGAGUAUCAGCAGCGUGGAGGAGGCAUCCCAGACUUGUUUCUCUGGAAUUAUGAGACUAAGACUGUGAUGUUCGCCGAGGUCAAGUCGGAAAAUGAUCGGUUGAGCGAUACUCAGCGUCUUUGGAUUCAUAUUCUGUUGGCGGCUGGUGUGAAGGUGGAACUAUGUGAUGCUGUUUCAUCGCAAUCCAAGGAAUGA